UUUAACUCGAAUUUCUGAAUGUUGGUAGUGACAAGAAGGAUGAAACUCUCGAUAGUUUAUCUCCUUUUGAUGGUGAGUUUUGUACAAGCAAAAGAAAAAAAGUUGCAGCGUGAGAAAUUAAAAGACAUCGUGGAUGACAUAUCGAGUUUGAUCAAUGCCUGUAAGGCUGUCGGAUAUGUUAAGGCCAACUGUAAAGUCGACUCUAAAAAUACAUCCGUCAACCGUGCUGUCGCUUUUGAGGCUUCCUUAACAAAAAGUCGGAAUUCCUUUACUGGCAGAGUUAUUUUUGGAAAAGUAGCUCUAAAUGCUGGCCAUGGAUAUGACGGGUCUACUGGAAUAUUUACAGCCCCUAAGACAGGGCUCUAUGUAUUUGAAUGGACGACAGUUGUUUGGCCUGGAAAAGUAUCUUAUACAUUAUUGAAUGCUGGCGGACAGAAGAGGGGGAAAAAUUAUUGCAAUGAUACUGGAUCAUCAAACGAUUCGGAAUCCUGUAGUAGAAUGAGCGUUGUCAAGCUGAAUUCAGGUGAAAAGGCAUGGAUUGAGACUUACAGUACUACAGCUUUACAUCAAGCAAGUUCGAUUGCUUGCUUUAUGUUGUAG